AUCGUUAUUAUUUCAACGCGAUGGCAUGCGAAGACGACCUCAGAUUAGGGAAUGUCUUGAUUUAUUUUUUUUUCUGUUUCCUUAACGAUGGCUAUUACGCAGCCAGUAUAAAAGUGAUUGGAUAGAAAAUCUGAUAGAUUUUUUUUGUUGUGGCGAGUCAGUAAUUAAGCAAGCAUGUAAUUAAGCACACAAGCAAGCAAGUGCUAUUGUAUUUCUCGAUGUCUUCAUACCGAGCUUACAUCUAAUUCCUCGUUCUUUAGCCCGGCCGCUUCCACCCUUGACCUAUGAACCUGGAAAGCAAUGUUACUCAGAAAAAAAAGGAAAGGCACAGGUCCUAAAAUUGACUCUUAGAGUAUACUUUGCUCCACAGCCAAUUGUCCGGAUAUGGUUUUCUCUAAUGAGAUCUAUCGCUUUCUCUCAGACAAAUGAGAUUUAAACCAGUUAACUUAACAAACGAGGGGGCUACAACUUAAAUAGACAACUUUUUGGGAGGAGCUUGAGAUAUGUAGAAUGUCCUGAUCAAAGGGCUGUUUGUAGAUCAUGCAGAAGUUGUUAUUACAUAAGGAAUCCACGCAGUAGAGAGCUGACCAAGUGUUUUUCAAGAAUCUUUGGGGAGACAUGUAAAACAGAUAUUGCGAGACUGAUAGACAGCACCAACUUAUGCUCACUGGUAAGAUGAAUGCACAGCUGCAAUCUUUCGCUUUACCUAGAAGUGGUAAUGAAGUCCUGAUUAGGAAAUUCAAAAACACAGACCUUCACGUCUGCCGAGAGAUUUUUACCCAUGGAAUGGAACAGUUGAUCAGCCUAGUAGCACGCGUUGUUUUCCCGAAAUAUAUCUGGAUUCUAUCGACAUGCAGCGUCGUUGUUCUCGUUCUUGCCCUCGCAAUCAAGUGGAUCGUAAGCUUUUUUCUCCUCUAUAUGAUUGCUUGCGUCGUAUUGGCGGCCUCGUUGUAUUCAAUGCUGUAUAUGGAAUGCUGGAACUUCAUCGAUUCUUGUUUGGCAACGGACCUGAAGGACAUCGAUAGAUGCUACAUGUCUAGUGAAAAUUGUCGCAUGUGGGUGGCUGAGUGGAAUGGUAAAGUUGUGGGAAUGGUUGGACUUAUUCACAAGGAAAGUCACAAACCAGGAGUGGCAGAACUUCAGAGGAUGUCUGUAUCACCAGCCUGUAGAAGAAUGGGAAUCGCUAAGAAACUACUCGACGAACUGAUCAAAUUCGCAAAGGAUCAGAAAUUUCAGAAGCUUGUGCUUACCACCACUAGUGCACAAACACCAGCCAUUCGACUGUACAAGAAAUACGGCUUCAAACUCAGAACCUCUAUUCCUUAUCCUAAAAAGCUUCUUAGCGAUCUGAAACACUAUUGCUUUGAACUCGAGUUAUGACCCUGGUUGUUAUUUCUUCCUCUAAACUGUCCACUAUGGAUUUGGAUUUAACUUGUCAUCAAUAUUUAGGUGAAUGUCCUUGCUACACUCCUUAAUGAAAGAACGGAGAGGUAAGCUAAUUAAUUCUGACCAUAUCUAAGUUUUCAGCAGCGUCGAAUUAUUAAAGCAAAUGGUGUUUUUAUUGAUAUAUGACAAUUUUCUCAUCCUGAAUUCAAAGCGCAUAACUCAGUAAUAAAAUCUAAAACUCAAACAUAUUCCUUCA